CUUCUGACUCUACUGGAGACUAAAGUGACCUUUAGGUGUUUAAGUCUGAAGCUCAGGGUCCUGGUCUGAAGCUCAGGGUCCUGGUCUUUAGUUUAAUGAGGUUUUCAAUACAGGGUUGAUCUCAGCCAGUGUCUGCUUUAGAACCCGGUCCUGAGGUAAAACCAGACCGGUAAACCAGUGUUGAGUUAUUAAAGGGGGGUGUACUGGGUUCACUGGGCUCUAGAAGCAGAGGGUCCCGGGUCAGACUUGGUCCAUGAUUUAAGUGUCCUUAUCUGUGUUUACAGCCGGUCUGGAUCAGUUAGACUCUGGUUAACCAGGUUAGUUAAACCAGUCUGGUUCAGAUGUACCCCGAUUCUGAAUGAGGUCCUGGUGUAAAACCAGGUCCUGAUGUGGUCUCUCUGGUUCUAAGUGUCUUUAUUGUUGGUUUUAUGAGACUGGCUCACAUAGAGGGCAGACUGUAGACCGUCUCUGGUUCAGAACUGGUUCUAAAUGUAGUCAGACCUGGACCUGUCUGUCCUCCUGAACACAGUGUGUGUUUUGUUGCUGGUCCUGGAUGCAGUUGGUCCAGGUCUAGGCGGGGUUCGGUCCCAGGUUUAGCUCAUGAUGGCAGAGCUCCACCAGACCCCCACCUCGCUGUGCUGCUGCCGUAAAUCCCUGCCGGUCUCUGGGGCCCGGUGUGUCGGGGACUCGGGCCGGCCCUCAGCGGGUCCUGGACCCGGGACCCCGCGGGUCCCCCUGGUGGACGUGGCCUCAGCGUCCAACUUCCGCUGCUUCCAGCUGCGACACCUCCACCUGGACCUGAGGCUCAACUUUGCUGUGAAGGAGAUGAGCGGCUGGCUGGUUCUGGACCUGGUCCCGGUGCAGCCGGGGGUCCAGACCCUGGUCCUGGACUCCCACCCCUCCCUCCUCAUCCACUCCAUAGACUGUAAGGUCCCGGGUCAGGAGGAGCCGGUCUCCCUCACGUACCGGGUGGACCCGUUCACAGACUACGGCUCCUCUCUGAACAUCAGCCUGCCCACCGCCGCCCUGAAGCCGGGCCGGCUGAUCCAGAUCACGGUCCGCUACGCCACCACGGACGGACCGGCGAUCUGGUGGCUGGACUCUGAUCUGACCUGUGGUCAGUCUCGUCCUCUGGUCUUCACUCAGGGUCACUCAGUGUGUAACCGCUCCUUCUUCCCCUGCUUCGACACUCCUGCUGUUAAGAGCACCUACACUGCUACUGUCAGGGUUCCAGACGGAGUGACAGUUCUGAUGAGUGCGUCUCGGAGCUCGUACUCCAAACAGGACCGGGUCUUCCAGUUCUCCAUGGAGUUCCCCGUCCCGUCCUACCUGGUGGCCUUGGUGGCCGGAGAGCUGCAGCACGUCGACGUCGGCCCGCGGAGUCGAGUGUGGGCGGAGCCAUGUCUGUUGUCGUGUGCCGUGAAGAAGCUGGGGGGCAGCGUGGAGCGCUGGCUGGGUGUAGCUGAGGAUCUGUUCGGUCCGUACCUGUGGGGCAGGUGUGACAUCGUGUUCCUCCCACCCUCCUUCCCCAUCGUUGCCAUGGAGAACCCCUGCCUCACCUUCAUCAUCGCCUCCAUCCUGGAGAGCAGCGAGUUCCUGCUGAUAGACGUCGUCCACGAGAUCGCUCACGGCUGGUUCGGCAACGCCGUCACCAACGCCACCUGGGAGGAGAUGUGGCUGAGCGAGGGGCUGGCCACCUACGCCCAGCGACGCAUCACCACCGAGGCCUACGGUGAGGCGUUCACUUGUCUGGAAACGUCCGUACGAUUGGACGCUCUGCACAGACAGCUACGUCUCCUUGGAGACAACAACCCUGUGAGCAAACUGCAGGUCAAGUUUGAGCCAGGUAUACAUGUAUACAUAAAUACACGUAUGAUGAAUCUCUUCACUUAUGAGAAAGGCUUCUGUUUCGUUGCGUAUUUGUCUCAGCUGAGUGGAGACGUAUUCGACUGUUUCCUGAGGGACUACAUCUCGGAGUUCAAGUUUAAAAGCGUGGUGGCUCAGGAUCUCAUCGACUACUUCCUGAGAUAUUUCCCUGAACUGAAGGACGCUGCUGUCGCCCAGAGAGAGGGUCUGGAGUUUGAGCGCUGGCUCAGCGGGUCUGGACCUCCUCUGUUUGAGCCCGACCUGUCAGCAGGGGGCGCUCUGACCCGGCCCGUCCAGGACCUGUGUGACCUUUGGAGGACCGGCCUGACCCCCGACCAGAAGACCCUGGAGACCUUUGACCUCUCAGCCUGGAGCACCUUCCAGAUCGUCCUGUUCCUGGACCGCAUGCUGGACCUGUCCCCCCUGCCCCAAGAUGUGAUGUCCAGCCUGUCUUCCUGUUACUCGUGUCUCUUUGAUGGCCUGAACGCUGAGGUUCAGAUCCGGUGGCUUCAGAUGGUUGUGAGGAACUCCUUCUACCCGGAGCUGCCUCGAGUCCGAGCCUUCCUCCACAAACACACGUCCAGGAUGUACACGGUGCCGCUGUAUGAUGACCUGGUUGCCGGGGUGAUGAAGUGUGUUGCCGUGGAGAUUUUCAACCAGACUCAGCGCCGCCUGCAUCCGAACCUCAGACGGACGUUACAGCAGAUCCUUUUCCAGACCAGCUCCGCCCCGACCAAUCAGAACAGCCCUGCUCUGUCCAUCCUACCCCCUCCCCCUUCCCACAGCCGCAGCCCGCAGCCACGGCAACCGCCUCCACUGCUGCCGGGACGACCGCCGCCACGGCAACCGCCUCCGCUGCUGCCGGGACGACCGCCGCCAUCGCUCUGCGGGACGUCAACGUCUCCGCGUGACGUCCACAGAAGUCUGAAAAACAGGAAGUUCACUCCAGAGAAUUUAAAGUCGUGGCAGGAAGUGGAUUCUGACGAGGAGGGGGGGCUCCACGCUGCUGAUUUAUGAUGAUCAUGUGACUGAUCAUGUGAUUUUUAAGGACAACUGCAGCUCAAAUCAACACGACAUGUUCUCCAGUUCAUCAGGUCCUUUAAACUCUGAGCUGCUCAAACCGAGGCCGACGCCCCUGGUCGUCUGAUUGGACGUCAGUGAGACGGGUCGUCUGAUUGGACGUCAGUCUUUUUUUUAACUGACCACAGUGGAACGUGUUCCAGUGGUGAUGUCAUCAGAUUAUGGAUCGUCUUCAUUGAUUUAAUCAGAUUAUUGAUUGAUGUUUGAUCUCAACAGUCUGGAGGCUCGUUUCUGAACGUUUCAGUAUUUAAUUCGUUUUUUUCAUCCGUUAACUCCGUUAACUUAUUGAUUACUCUAUUGAUUUAUUUUUACCGUUUGGUCGAUUUGGUCGAUAUAACAACAUUCAGAGGUUUCUUCAGACUUCAGUCUUUGACUCAUUGAUCUCUGGCUCAUUGAGGAGUCACGCUGAGCUGAGAUCAGUUUAUAUUCAUGAUGCUGAGAUCAGAACAUGUCUGACACACCUGUCAGACAUGAUGCAUUCACUGUCGCCCUGUCUCCGUCGUUGUUUCUGCUUUUUUCCAGCAGAACUAGUUUUAAUAACUAUAACUAAUAAUAACUUAACAUCAUGUAGCUGAAAACUAACGAGCGUCUCCAGAUUCUUCUUCAGCUCAGAGACUCUGUGAUGUUUAACUUCUACCUCCGGAUUCUGACUGACGCCAACAAGCCUGCAGUCCUCCACCCAGGGCUCCACCCGCACAUGAGUCCUCGGGUCACGUGACUCUGCAUUAACCCUAGAAACCAGCAGACUUCCACCUGAGUGGCCUUAACGCUGCGUUCGCUGCCGCUGGGAGCUGAGAGGUUCAGUUUAAAGUCUUUUCUUCUUCAGCAGCAAUAAAAGCAGCAGGAUGACGAACCUUCACCUCAGAUCCUCUCUGGACCCGAUCGCUCUGAUCAGAUACUGAUCAGAUACUGAUCAGAUACUGAUCAAUAAAGAAAACAAGAUUUUAUUUAUGUAUUUUGGCACAAAAAAUGAUUUGAAGCUGGAAUGUCCCACUGUCCAAAGCUGUCAGUGAACACCUCUUCACAGAAAGUUUGUAAUGAAUGUUGGACUACAAAUAAACACGUGGAAC